AAAUUCCCAUCGAGUAACAUCCAUCAGGAAUAUGUUUAUCCUGUUGGCAAUUUUGUGCUCGAUCGUUGCCUUAGGAGUAGUUUUCAUCAACCGGAAGCUGAACUACUGGCAGGACUUAGGAGUCCCUCAACUACACCCAACAUUCCCGUUCGGGGAUUUCGGACCGGUCAUCCGGAGGCAGCAAUCCCUCCCGGAGUUCUAUAGGAAUGUGUACUACCGCACCAAACAUCAACCGAUUAUAGGGUUGUAUACGUUCUUAAAACCAACUCUGCUGGUGAAUGACCUGUCGCUGAUUAACGAUGUGCUUGUUAAUGAUUUUUUGCACUUCCAUGAUCACGGUUUAUAUGUGGACGAAGAUCGGGAUCCAUUGAGUGGGCACCUAUUUGCUUUAUCGGGGGAUCGAUGGCGCCAAAUUCGAAACAAGGUGACUCCAUCGUUUACCCCGUUCAAGUUGAAGCAAAUGUCAGAAAUUCAGUUCAAAACUGCUCAGAAGCUGCGAGUUUACAUGGAUAGAUUCGUCAAGAGUCGGCAACCUGUAGAGUUCUACGAUCUGGCCGUUCGAUACACCAUGGAAUCAACCGUCUCGAUAUUAUUCGGUUGCGAUGCUAAUUGUAUCGAAAAUCCGGAAGACGAUUUCCUGCGAAUCGGUAAGAUGGCAGUCGAACCUAGCUUUUCAAACAAGGUCCGAUGGUUCCUGAGUUUUAUGGCCCCUGACUUGAUUAAAGUGUUCCGGAUCAAACAGUUUGCUGCGGACUUGGACCGAUUAAUACUGGACGUAGUUCAUCAGAGCGUAAACUUAAGGGAACGACAGAGAUUCGUUCGAAAAGACGUCUUCCAGUCGAUACUACAGUUGCGUAAUUCUGGCCUGGUUCAGGAAGGCGAUUCCUGGGAAGUGGAUUCUUCAAAUAAACACAAAACCCUCACCGUUAAUCAGGUGGCGGCAGUUUUAUUUACGUUUUUCAUCGGAGGUUACGAAACAAGUUCAUCCCUGAUGGCUUUCUGUAUCUACGAGUUAUCCCGAAAACCGGAAUACCAACAAAAAGUUCAAGCAGAGAUCGAUCAAGUUUUAGAACAGCCACCAGUCGGCGUUCUAACCUACGACAAGAUCAUCACCAUGAAAUAUCUCGAAUGCUGUGUCCGUGAAACCCUGAGAUUGUUUCCACCACUUUCUUUCCUGAACCGGAUCUGUACCAAAGACUACCAAAUUCCAAACACAAAUAUCACCAUCCAAAAGGGAACCAACACCAUUGUACCAAUCUUUGGAAUUCAACGAGACCCGGAUAUCUACUCAAACCCCUCCAAUUUCGACCCCGAACGUCCGGAGCGUUUGGAUGACGAUAAACCCUUCUUGUCCUAUGGAGAAGGUCCAAGGCAGUGCUUGGGAGCUCGGAUGGGCAAGCUGCAGGCGAUGAUUGGACUGGCAACACUGCUGGCCGAGUACGACUUUCGUCUGGCGGAUCCGGCAGAUCAGAGGCGAGGUGCCCGACUCGAUCCGAAGUGUUUCCUUGCUAUUCCGCUGGGAGGUGUUAGUGUGGUUGUCAACAGAAGAACUAAAUUAAGUGAUUAAUAA